AUAUCUUGACCUCCUCAUCGAAGUCUCAUCUCAAUCAUCUGCAUCGCUCAAUUGCAAAGAUAUUACUAUGGCACCUGUUACCAUUACCAACUCAACCGGUGGCGUGAUUCACGUCACGAUCACUAAUUACAAGGACAAAGGCUCGAUGGGUGUCUUUUCUAUCGAUUCCGGCCGUGCUUCGGUCUGGCAGCGAGACAACGUUCAAUCGGUGACCGUGUUCAGGGAUAACAAUCCGGUCCCGGACGUCUCUGUCGUCUGGCCUACCGCGCAGCGCAUUAUCGAGUAGAUGCAGUGGAUGACGGCGUGCGCACCGUGUUGUGUAUUAUAACAAAGUUGGAAAUUGGAAUCACAUAUGACAUUGCGGAACUAGCACUCUGCAUUUCGAUCCUGAACGUUCUGAACAUUAUAUUGGACCUUGGUACUACGACGAAGCUCUCGCUCUGCAACGGUAGGUUAAUGCAUUACUGAUUGCGAUUAUGAUACUUGAAAUACUAACAAUGUCCCCUCCAAUAUUAAUCGAUGACUGCAUACUACUUUCGAG